ACCAUGAAAUUUCGCUUCAUCUCUCACACCCAAAAAAUUCGCAGCAACUCUUCUUUCUAAUUCGUAGAUCUCUCUAUCGAAUUCGCAGCAAUUCCCGAAGCCAUGGCGUCGACGGAAGAACCCAUCGCUCCGAUCAUCGUGGAGGAGCCUGUCGUGGAGGAGCCGGCAGCCGCUGACCUACCUCCGGUAGCUGAGGAUGAGCCUGCUCAGCCCGAUCCCAACCCUACCAAGGAAGCCAAACCCAGGAAACGCUCUGCUGCUAAGAAGGCCUCACAUCCUUCCUAUGAAGAGAUGGUGAAGGAUGCGAUUGUGACGCUGAAGGAGAAGAGCGGUUCGAGCCAGUACGCGAUUGCGAAGUUUCUGGAGGAGAAGCACAAGCAGCUUCCAUCGAACUUCAAGAAGCUUUUGCUCUUCCAUUUGAAGAAGCUUGUUGCUGCUGGGAAGCUUGUGAAGGUGAAAAACUCCUUCAAGCUUCCGUCGGCGAAGUCCUCCGCCGCUGCUGCUGCUUCCAAACCGGCGGCGGCCAAGAAGAAGCCGCAGCCUGCAGCUGCCAAGUCCAAACCCAAGCCCAAGGCUAAGGCCAAGCCCGCCGCGGCGGCGACCAAGGCUAAGGCUAAGCCUGCUCCCAAGUCGAAGGCGGCGGCGACCAAGACCACCGCCAAGGCGAAGCCUGCCGCGGCGGCCAAGCCUAAGGCGAAGCCUGCUGCUAAGGCUAAGCCGGCGGCAAAGGCCAAGGCGGUUGCCGCUCCUGCUAAGGCGAAGGCUUCUCCGGCUAAGCCCAAGGCGAAGGCGAAGUCUAAGACGGCGCCUCGUAUGAAUGUGAAUCCUCCUGUUCCGAAGGCUAAGCCUGCUGCUAAGGCGAAGCCUGCGGCGAGGCCUGCCAAGGCGUCGAGGACCUCGACGAGAACAACCCCUGGGAAGAAGGUUCCUCCUCCUCCUAAGCCUGCACCGAAGAAAGCUGCUACCCCUGUGAAGAAGGCUCCGGCGAAGAGUGCGAAGGCUAAGACUGUGAAGUCGCCGGCGAAGAGGACUGCCCCCAAAAGGGGUGGGAGGAAGUGAAUGUUUGGAGCCUAGUGUUUGUAGGUUUAGUCUUGUAAAGUUGACCCUUCGGGGUGUAGUUGCAUCACAGGUGUUGAUGAAAAUCAACAUGUUUAAGAUUCAAAACCUUUUUUUCUUUUUUCAGUUUGAGAUUACAGGUUCUAGCAUGUAAUUUUCACCUUAUUGAGUAAUCAUAAAUGAAAUUUAGAGUUGGAGGCUUUCCAAA